AUGGAUCCAGACACGCAAUCCAACAGACCGCCGAUAUUCAACUACGUUCUGUCGUUCCUCCUUGUCGGCCUAGCGUGGGGAUUCACGACCCCGUUCAUCCGUCGCGCCGCCCAGGACUUUAACGCGGCUCAGGAAAGAAGCCAGGCACAAGCACGAGAACAGGAACAAGAACAAGAACACAAAUCAUCCACGGAGACGAGCGGCAAGACUGACAGAAGCGAAUACGAGGGACGAGAAGAGGAGCAUCAGCUUCUCCUAGCAGCAUAUGACGGCGAGGACAAAGAAGAAGACAAUGCGACCACACCCGGACCUGCACCCUCUUCUGCGAAAAAGCCCGGGAUACCAACGACAACGACAACGACAACGACAACAUCCUGGAUAAAGGACAGGAUCAUUUCUGUCUUUUGGACGAUUGUUAAUCUGCUACGGACGCCGGCUUAUUCUGUUCCGCUUCUGUUGAAUUUGUCGGGGAGUGUUUGGUUUUUUCUUCUUGUUGGGAAACAUGAACUCUCUCUUACUGUUCCCAUCGCCAACUCGAGCGCGUUCCUGUUCACUGUUCUCGGAGAUUGGUAUGUUGAUCGCAAGGUUAUUGCCAAGGAGACUUGGUUAGGGAUGGCUCUGGUCCUGGUUGGCAUAGGGCUAUGUGUGCAUUCGAAGAAUCAGAGCGGUGUUUGA